AUGGAAGAUUCAGGAUUUUCAGAUAGUAACACAUGUAAUUCGUCAUGCAACUCUGAAGAUAUACCUUCACCAGUACGUAGGAAAAGAAAGCGCAAUCCAAACCUGACACCCGAAGAAAGAAGAUUUAAUCGAAAAAUUAAAAAUCGUAUAGCAGCUCAGGCAGCUAGAGAUAAAAAGAAGGAGCUAAUGAAUUAUUUGGAAUCGAAUGUAGAUGUUUUACGAAAUGAGAAUCAAAAACUAAGAAAUGAAAAUGAUAUGCUUAAAAUUAAAAUUGAACAACUGUCGCAAGAAAACUCAUCUUUAAAGAGCGAGUCUGAAAUAGUCCUCGCAACUAUGCAAGAAUAUAUAGAACAAUGUGACCUUAUUGACACGAAAGAUUUAUCAGGUCCUGUUGAAAUGCCUGCUGAGCCAGCAGUGCUCUACGUUUCUCCGCAGCAGAAAAGGGCAUUACUUCUGUACCUGUAUCUUGUGUCAGUUAUAAUGAAUUUGAGAAGAUUUCUAUCACACUCAAUCGUCUUGCUGUAUCCUGAACGAGAAACUAUUGUAAUAUUUCAUAAAUUUGGAUUGGAUAAUAAUGAAUAUCUACAAGACGAUACUUUCGCAGACGAUUUCACAUCACUAUUUCACACUGAAGACCAACAGAGUUUUAACAGUAAAAAUGACGUACCGAGGGAACAUAUUACUAGCGAUGGUUACCUGAAUAAGUUUUCGAUGGAAUUGGAAGCCGUUAUGCAAGAUUUAGCUCAAAAUGAUUAUGACUAUACAACCUUUAUAGCUCCUAACAGUCAUGAGUCCAUUGGGUUACAAAAGUUAAAUUACGAUGGAUCUGUAAAUAUAAUUCGCUAA